CUGGGGGAGCCGUGAGGUACUGUGGGAAGCAGAGGGAAAUAAUGGCGGAUGGUGAGGAACCGGAGAAGAAAAGAAGGAGGCUAGAGGAGCUGCUGGCGGAUGGAAUGGCUGUUGAUGGUGGGUGUGGGGACACUGGAGACUGGGAAGGUCGCUGGAACCAUGUAAAGAAGUUCCUGGAGCGAUCGGGACCGUUCACACAUCCUGAUUUCGAGCCAGGCACUCAAGCUCUUGAGUUUUUGUUAAGCACGUGUAAAGUACUAGUUAUUGGAGCAGGUGGAUUAGGAUGUGAACUCCUCAAAAACCUGGCACUGUCUGGCUUUAGGCAGAUCCAUGUUAUUGACAUGGAUACUAUAGAUGUUUCUAAUCUUAACCGACAGUUUCUCUUUCGACCAAAGGAUGUUGGGCGACCAAAAGCAGAGGUGGCAGCAGAAUUCCUCAACAGCCGCAUUCCCAACUGUGCUGUCGUAGCAUAUUUUAAAAAGAUUCAAGACAUGGAUGAAAGCUUCUAUCGACAGUUUCAUAUUAUUGUUUGUGGGCUGGACUCUAUCAUUGCAAGAAGAUGGAUAAAUGGCAUGCUGAUGUCCUUUUUACAUUAUGAAGAUGGUGUACUGGACCCAAGUUCCAUCAUACCUUUGAUAGAUGGAGGGACAGAAGGCUUUAAAGGAAAUGUUCGUGUGAUCAUUCCUGGUAUGACUGCAUGUGUUGAAUGCACACUUGAGCUUUAUCCACCACAGGUUAAUUUUCCCAUGUGUACUAUUGCAUCUAUGCCCAGACUACCAGAGCAUUGUAUUGAGUAUGUCAGGAUAUUGCAGUGGCCAAAGGAGCAACCUUUUGGAGAGGGAGUUGCCUUGGAUGGAGAUGACCCUGAACAUAUACAGUGGAUUUACCAGAAGUCUUUAGAAAGAGCAUCACAAUUUAACAUUAAAGGUGUUACCUACAGACUCACCCAAGGGGUGGUUAAACGAAUUAUUCCAGCAGUAGCUUCUACAAAUGCAGUAAUUGCAGCUGUUUGUGCCACUGAAGUUUUUAAAAUAGCCACAAGUGCAUACAUUCCUCUUAACAACUACUUGGUGUUUAAUGAUGUGGAUGGAUUAUACACAUACACAUUUGAAGCUGAAAGAAAGGAGAACUGUCCAGCCUGCAGCCAGCUCCCCCAAAACAUUGACAUUUCCCCAUCAGCUAAACUGCAGGAGGUCUUGGAUUACUUGACAAACAAUGCUUCAUUGCAAAUGAAGUCUCCUGCCAUCACAGCAACUAUGUAUGGGCGAAAUAAAACACUUUAUUUACAGAGUGUAGCUUCAAUUGAAGAACGAACAAGGCCAAAUCUUUCCAAGACACUAAAAGAACUGGGGCUUGUGGAUGGCCAGGAACUUGCAGUUGCUGAUGUUACUACACCACAAACUAUGCUGUUCAAGCUUCACUUUACCACUUAAUUUAUUCAUAAGUAAACUGUGUAUCAAGUGAGAGACAUCUGUACCCACCUUGUAAAACAAGUGUACUCUUGUGGGUGUUAAAGCAACCCAAAAUGUUCAUGUUAGUACUAGCAUUAUUCAAGGUUAGGUAAUAACAAAUGGAUCACCAGAUUUCACAAUUAUAUGUAGAAACCAAUAUUUGGUGGAUUAUACUUGUAUAAAUAUUAAUGUACAGAACUCUGAUGUACAGGAAAACACAUUUUUCCCCAGUUUUUGUUGUCAAAAUGUUAAUGCUGACAUACUUUCAGACACGUGGAAGUUUCAUGGUGGCCAAAAGUUUUGUUUUCAACGUGUGUGCACACGUGUAUGGAAAGAGAAAACCCUUUAAAAGGAACCACAGUGAUCUGGUUUUAAAUUGUAGCACUCUGAUACUUGCAGUGUCACCUUAAAACAAGAGGGCAGAAGAUUAAAAAUUAUUGUUUUCCUCUAGUUUGAUACCGAUUUGACCAAUUUUAUGAAAGGUGGGAAACAUGGAAGAUUACUUUGUUUUACAAGCAAACGUGGAAGGACAAAAUUAACAUGAAAAUACCAAUACAUCUGCUCGCAGUCUCCACACAGUACUGCAAGAUUUGUUGUUCAAGUAUCAUUGGUGCUGUUGAGGUAUUUAUUAAUAAAAAAAUCACGAAGACACCUUA